UGGCAUAAGAUGGACCAUCUAGAAUUUGAGUAGGGAAAAUAAAAAAUACAGGAAGGUAGUAGGUGAGAACAUUUCCUAAUAUUGUUAGGAGAUUGGCAAAGGAAGCGCAAUCUGCUUGACGAUUUGGACCUGCCAUCUAGUGGAAGGAAGUGAACCUUACCAUGAUUAUGUGUGUGGGAUCUCAUGCAACUUUAUUGACUUUGUAGGAAGUGGAUGCACUGCUUAGUGAAAAUGAAAUGCUUCAGGGAAAACUGCAUAGCCAAGAGGAUGACUUCAGGCUGCAAAAUAGCACUCUCAUGCAGGAGCUCUCCAAGCUGUGCUCGCAGCUUGAGCAGUUGGAGAAGGAUAAUCAGAUUCUUCGGGAAGGGAAGACAGCAGUAGCCGGUGAAGGGUCGUUCCCAGCCAGCUCCGUGGAUGGCGAGCUGUUAAGGCUACAGGCAGAGAAUUCUGCCCUGCAGAAGAACAUGGCAGCUUUACAGGAGCGCUAUGAGAAAGAAGUGGCCCGGCAAGCAGAAAACCGAGGUGGCGGGAAAGGUGAUGGUUCUCCGGAUUCUUGUCCCGCUAUGCCAGAGACGACUUCAGAACAGCCGGCAUUUGACAGCGACAGUAGCAGUGCCAUUUCCCAGCAGCUUCUCUCAGAGGUGGAACUGAAACUGCAGACCGAGAGGGAGGAAAAAAUAUUGCUGAAGGAGCAGCUGCAGAGUCUCGAGGCAUCCAAGACAACGGAGACCUCCCGCCUGCAGCAAGAGCUCUCCAAGUUUGUGGAGAAGCUUAAGAAGAAGCAAGAGAGCUUUGUGCGGCUUCAGACAGAAAAAGAAGCUCUCUACAAUGACAGCAGGACCAAAAUUGAGGAGAUCCAACAGCGGAAGGAAGAGGAGCUCAAAUCUCUGCAAGUUCGUAAUCAGAAGCUGCAGCAGGAGCUCCAGACCACAAACCAGGGCUUCUUGGAAUUAAAGGACCAAUUGCAGAGUUGUCAAAAAGAAAAUGAAUUGGCCCUUCAGACUCUGCAGGACCAGGUUGCGUGCCAAAGUGCGGAGAGCCAGGAACAGGUUGAGACCAUUCUGUCUGAAAAUGAUGCUCUGAGAACCAACCUUGCAGCAUUAGAACAGAUCCAGACAUCUAAGACUCAAGAAAUGAAUCUGAUGCGAGAACAGGUGGCAGCAUUGGGAGACGAGCUGCAGCAGCGUCUGAAUGAGAAGGAGGCGUUGGCUGCCCAGUGGGAUGACCUCAACACACAGUUGCAGGAGUCACUCCGGGGCAAUGCUCGUCUUAUGGAGCAAGUUCAAGAACUUGGGCAGGAAAAAGAGAGAUUAUUACAAGAGCUUGAUGAAGUAAGGAAGACAGCAGAGAAACGCAAGGCCAUGCUAGAUGAGAUGGCCAUUGAGACCCAGCAAGAAAAGGGGCGCCACAAGGAAGAGCUCGGUAACCUCCGUCUGCAGCACGAGAAAGAGAUGCUGGCUGUGAGAGCGCGCUAUGAGCGGGAGCUGCGGGAGCUGCAUGAGCACAAGAAACGACAAGAGGACGAGCUGCGUGGCCAGCUCAAGGAGGAGAAGGCUCGUAGCCAAGAACUGGAAUCCAUGCAACAAACUGUGGAGGAGCUACGGCUCCAGAUCCAAUCCAUGGAUGGCACCAAGGGCUGGUUCGAACGGCGGCUUAAAGAGGCAGAGGAGUCGAUAGAGAAGCACCAGCAGGAACACAUGGAGGACCUGAGAAUCUGCAAAGAGCAGCAUGCAGCUGAUUUACAGUUAAAAGACCAAGAGGUGGAAGCAACUAAGGAGAAACUGCGAGAGAUUGAAAAAGCCAGGAAUGAGCACAUGGACACAGUCAACCGGCUGAAGCAGGAAGUGAAGGACACAGUAGAUGGGCAACGGAUCCUGGAGAAGAAAGGGAAUGCAGCACUGAAGGACCUCAAAAGACAGCUUCAUCUGGAAAGGAAGCGAGCAGAUAAACUUCAAGAGCGCCUGCAGGAGAUCUUGACCAACAGCAAGAGUAGGACAGGGAUCGAGGAUCUUGUCCUGGCAGACAUCAGUUCCCCCAGUCGGACUCAGACGGGAGACAGUAGCAGCAUCUCAUCCUUCAGCUACCGUGAAAUCAUGAAGGAAGGGUCCGGGGCUGGCAGUAACAAGUCAACCACAGGAAGCCCACAGUCACAGUCGCAACCUCCACGGCCAGCCGACCUUUCAGAUGAGGAGAUCUCAGAACUGUUCCAGCGGCUGGCAGAGGUUCAGCAGGAGAAGUGGCUGUUGGAGGAGAAGGUGAAGCACCUUGAAGUCAGCAGUGCCUCCAUGGCUGAGGACCUAUGCAGGAAGAGUGCCAUAAUUGAGACCUAUGUGAUGGACAGCCGCAUUGAUGUGUCUGGAGCUCAUGGGCAGGUUGAUCGAAGUAGCCUAAGUAGUGUCCUGCGAGACCUGGUGAAACCAGGAGAUGAGAACCUGCGUGAGAUGAACAAGAAGCUACAGAACAUGCUGGAGGAGCAGCUCACCAAAAACAUGCACUUACAGAAGGAUUUGGAGGUCCUUUCCCAGGAGAUCGUCCGUCUUAGCAAAGAGUGUGUCCCGUCCCCUGAUGCUGAAUCUGGCUUGGAUGAUGCUGUCUGAGCUCACUUCCACCUGUGAUGCCGUCCUCCAUGCUUGGCCCUUGGCUGCGCUGCUGGUGUGUGUGUGGGGCGGGUUGGGGAAGAGAUAUUGGAACUUUCUGCCUCCCCUCUCUCUAGUCAGUCCAUUUUUUUCGACUGUAUCGGAAGGGGCAGGCACUUAACCCAGCUACUCUUUCCCUCUUAAUGGCGCACAAACAGCAGUUUCUCCCCUCAUCACUGUUCUACUCAGGCCUUCCCCCAAACAGUUUGAUUUCUUUUGAAUCAUGCACCUACUGAUUAUGCUGCCUGCCUCUUUGUGGACCUGCCUUUGCUGCCCCGUAGGAAGCCCUGGCAGCAGUAGUUUGUCUGCAGGUGGCACAUUUUUUAAAGUUGCAUGGCCAACUGCAGCUUUAUUUUUGAGGUUGCCAGUUUUGAAACUGCCUCCCUCCUUCUGAGGUUGUAAUUCCUGGUCCAGAGGAGUUGCCCCAUAGAGGAGGAGGAGGUGUUCCUGCCAUAAUAAAGCUCCAUAAUCCGUUCUCAAUGUAUAGCAGUCCAGGGAGUAAAGUUCAGUUUCCUUAAAAACCUCUCUCCCUGCAUUCUACUCCGCAAGCUGCAUUUGUGAUUCUGUAGCUCCUUCUGCAUCAUAGUCAUACCACCUCCCUCAUUUUGCAUGUUUGGUCAGUUCUGAAACUCCCUGUUUCAAAUAUAUAUUUCCUCUGAUUCCCUCCCUCUCCACAGCAGGAUGGAGCCCAAGUGGUACAACCCAAAAGCACUUGUACUAGGUUGCAGCUGGGCCCUUUUCCCAGUAAUAGAGGUGGCGCAAAGGCAACAUGUUUAUUUAACACAUCAGUGACUUGUACGAAGCUGUAAUUGUUGAGUAACUGAUAAUGCAAAGAAUGGUUAAGGGUUGUUUUUUUGGGAGGGGGGAGUGGCUUUUACUCUGUGUGUGGAUGUUGUUUUAAAAUGAGUAGUUCUGAAUUGGGUACUGUGUUAGUAGACAUAAACUGAAGAGGUCUCUUCCCAAGGCCAAGGUCAUAUUCCAUCUUCCCAUCCUUUUUCUAAGUCCAGGGUAGGCAAAGGAUAGCUCUGGGCCUAAUUUCAAACCAGGCAGUUCAGAGCUCUGGCAGACAUGGUGCUGCUCUUCGUUGAUAACUUGCUGGAUAGGAAGAAAAAGAGGUGUUUGGUGGGGAAGAGAGAGAAACGGAGCUUCCACCCAUUUGGGGCUCUGACUUGAUGUCAGCUUGGCCCUAGGCUUCCAUUAUGAUCCACCAAAGACUACACCUAAUGAAGACAUGCUGAUUUACCUCAGCGGGUAAAAGACUGCCCAUCCCCUGCUCUGGGUCCUUGACCAGAUUCAGCCACACAGUCUCUGCCACCUCCUGUUCAUUGUAGCUCUUAGCUCUCCCUAAUCCCCUGUUGCUUUGUGUGAAGAAAGAGGGCUGAUGAUUGGAGCUCAGAAAGUGAAUCUCUGCUUGCUGGUAGAGCAUUUCAGAAAAGAUUGGGAUCCUGCUAAUUCUACUGUUUGGCCAGUCCUUUGACAUACUACUCAGUGCUAAUCCAGCAUUUUGGAGGGUGGGAGGAGAGCUUAGGAAAUAACAUUUGGCCUUUUGGGGGGGGGGGUUGGCAAAAAAGACUUUCCUGUGCAGUUUCUCAUCCUCAGGUGCUCCAUACAAAGGAAGCUUUGAUGGUACUAAGGGGGACAGCUGGUGGGGAGAUGAAUUCCUUCCUGUGACCACAGUAAAUGACAUGGAUUCAUUUUCUCAGCAUUUAUUUAAGAAGAAACUUAGUUUUUGUUAGACCUCAUUGCAACAAGCAAAUCAAUCCAAACAUUCAAAAAUAUUUUACUCAGACUUCACCCCUUAAGUUCUUGGGCCUUUAAUUGGCCUUUAAUUGGUGGGGAAACAAUCUGUGAUCUUCCUGCUAUUGUUAACUACAGCUCCCAGCAUCCCUCACUAUUAGACAUGCUGGCAGAGGCUGCUGAAAGUUUACUGGUGUUUGAUAAUGGAGAAGUUCUGAGUACUCAGCAAUGUGCAUGAAUGAAUCACACUCAGUCACUCUGCUAUGAGAAAGUAGUUUAUUUCAUUUCAACAUUUUUCAAAUUCACGUUUUUUAUAUUUAUUCAAAUGCUGGGUGACAAGAGGCAUAAGGUGUAAAGGAACAUAUAGUUGUUUCUUAUCAGCAAGGUCUUGAAUCUGAAACCAAGACCAGGGCUAUGAAUCAAGAGUCUCUGUCUGUAUAGAUGAUUGUGCCAAAGCCCAUCCUUACACUGUUAGUUUUAGAAAAACAUUUUGCUUUCAAUGAGUUUUCUCUUCAACUUACCAGAUUACAAAUGAAAGAUUCAAGAAAGUAGCAAUUUAGGGAGAAGGAAAGAGGUUGCACAAAGCUAUAUAUCCUUGACUGAAGAUUUUGUUUUUUUAAAUUACAGCAAUUAUUCUCAAUGCUUCCCGACUAGAUAGAAUCUUUGCUCAAGUUGGACUGGUAAAACAAAAAGAGCCAUUUUCUGAAUGAAACAAAAAUAUAUUCUCCUACCUGCCUAUUUACCCAAAACCCCAGUGCAAUUUGUUCUUAAAGUACAGGCAGUCCUCUGUUAACAACUGUCCUGUUUAACAACUGUUUAAAGAUACAAUGGUCCUAAAAAAGAAACUUUAUGACAUAGUAAUGACGCUUGAAAAAUAACUUUAUGACUGAUCCUCAAGCUUAUGACAGAGUGACUUACAAGUGUUGCAGUAUCCCUACAGUCACAUGAUCACAAUUUGGGUACUUUGCAACCGGUGUGCAUUUAUGAUUGUUGCAGUACCCCAUUGCCACAUGAUAGCCAUUUUGAUACAUAUGCAAAAAAUUAUAUAUAUAUAUAAUUUUAAACAGAAUUAUAAGCUAAUACAAACUAAAAUAGAGUGAAAGAGAAAAAAGACAAAGAAAAAUUAAAAAUGUAAAAAGAAAAAGUAACAGAAAAAUAGAAAAGAAAGCAAGAAAAUAUAAAAGUGUGGCUUCCAAUCUUCUUUAUAGCAGUAUAAGUAGAAUUAUAAAUUGACCUCUCUCUAAAGUUAAAUCAUGACUGUCUUCUUUUAUAUCUAGUCAUCAAACCACACAUUAUAAGUUUUUUUCUUUUUUACACACAAAGUCCAUAAGAGGUUUCUAUUCACCAAUAAAUGUAGAUACUGCCUUUAAUCAAACAAUUCAAUUUGGCCAUUUCAACAAAUUAUGUCAUUUUCAUCAACCAUUCCUCUGUCAGAAGUGUUGCAUUUACACUUUUGUAGUACAAUAAUCUUGCUGCAUAUAUAAAAUGCAGCAGUGUUCCAUGACUUUUUUCCAACUGCUUUUCCCUCAGUUCCAAGAAGAAAAGUUCUGAUUUCAGUUGAAUGCUAAUCUUUGAAAUCUUCUGAAUCGCUAUAUUUGAACACAACUUUUUCUAGCUUUUUUGCGUGUCUACCAAAUGUGCUUAUAUUCACAUUUCCAACCUAAAUUUGAAAUACCUUUAUACUUUCUGACAAAGUCAGUGGAGAAGCCAGUGGUGAAAUCACAAGUCAUGUGAUGUCUCACUUAACCACAUCGUUGACAGAGUUGCCAAUCUCAUUUAGCAUGGUCAUUAAAUUAACCUGUAUAUUUCAGGCUCUUUUCAGCCAUAAGUUUUGGUUUUCAGAUGAUGAAAUUGAGGAGCCUGAAUUUCUCUGAUAAGUGUUUCCUUGUCUUUUUCCCCCACUGCUUACAACACCCCCGAGCUUCUAAAUAAAACUGGGUUUUUGAUCUGGGGGAACAACAAUGAAAUAUUUAUCCAUGCAUCAGGAACUCAGUGACAUCCCAAUGAGUGGGUGUUGCCAGCUGCAGUGAUGAUGCAAAUUGUAGUCAUCAGUCCUGGUUGCAUGCUUUUUCCCUCUGCUAAUGGCCCCCUCCCCAUGUAACUAUUGGGGUCUGAUUAAAAUACAGAUACACGUAUAAAUAGUCUCUCCCUAA